AUGAAUACCCAGCCCAACCCCGAAAGGGACCUUCUUUCCCAAGACUCCUCGACCAAGCGAACCCAGAAUGACUUGGAUAUCCCCGAGACUGAUGAACCUAUCACGAAAACCCCUCGUGUCGAUGAAGAAUCCGACACCAGGAUGGAAGCAUACGUGGCUGCACUCGAGAAGAAAUCCCUCGCCCGCGACGCCGAACGUGAAGAACGUAUGCAAGCCAUGAUUAACCUACGUGACCAUAUUAUACGAGAUCCAAACUUUGAAGACUAGUUUUCUACCCAUGAACAAACA